AAUGGAAAUCAAUAACGGGGCUCAACCAGAAAAUGCGGCUGUUUCGAUUCCGUCACGCUCACCGUCUGGGAAGUCCGAAAAACGAAAAAGUCCAAGCAUUGUUUCCGGCUGCCGUACGGUUAUGAAUGAGAGAAGCUUUACCAAUUAUUGGUCCGUUGAGCGCUUCACGGUACAAUUAGAGCUUCACAAUCCAGCAGAAUUCAUGCUGGCACCUAAAUUUGGAGAUGGGGAUUAUGAGUUUGUCAUGAAACUAUUUCCGAAUGGGAAAGACGAAGAAACCGCCGGAUAUCUUUCACUUUUUCUGCUCAUAAAUAAAUGCCCUAAUCCUCGUCUCCGUUUCCGUGUCAGCUUUACAGUCGAAACAGCAGACGGUCCAAGAAGUUGCCAUCUCAAUAAGAAUCUUGUUACGAUCAAUCGUAGUGGUAUCGUGACUGCAAGCAAGUUCUUUUCAUUAGACAUUCUCAGGAGUGCCAUGAAUGUCUACAUUCCUAACGAUAUUCUGACAAUUGGAUGUGAGCUCACAAUUUUCGGUGAAUGUACGACACAGAUCUCAAGCCUGUUCAAGCCAUAUCAAAGAACUCACAGCGCUUCUUCAACAUCUCGAUCCCUAUCGUCUCCCAAUACAAAAUGUUUGAAGAUCGACGAAUCGUCUGCGCAUGAUGCAUUCACAGAGUUUCUAUCCACCGGAGAAUUUAGCGACUUCAUUAUAGUCGCUUCGUGUGGUCGUGAAUUCCCAACUCAUAUGUGCAUCCUGGCAGCACGUUCUGAAUACUUCAAAGUUCUCCUGAGAAAUCAUUCAACCAAGGAGUUUAUGUCCAAGCGUCUCCAGUUUGAUGACAUUUCUGCUCGCACUCUUGACGUCUUGCUUCGCCAUAUGUACGCGUCCGCUGCUGGUCGAGUUGUGAAGCUCGAAGAGGAUCAACUAACCGAGGACCUUAUAUCUGCAAUGGAUAGACUAAUGAUAAAUUCAUUGCGUGAUGAAGUGGCUCGGCUCAUCGGUUCAAAAGUGACUGUCGAUAAUGUGCUCACUCGUAUUAGUAUGGCUGCAGAGCUAAGACUUGAUGAUACCUAUGACGUGCUUCUGGAUUUCUUCUCGAAUCAUAAACAUGAGUGCAUGAAGUUAACUGCAUGGGACGAACUUGAAUCUGCAAAACCACCAUUGGCCAUCAAAAUACUUCGAGAUGCUUUCUCAAAUACUGAUUCACCUUCGACCACAUCAAUGGACAGCCGAAUCAUUGACCGCAUCACUCUAACUUAAUUGAAUCUUUGUAAAUCUCAUGUCAAAUUGAUUAUGUGUUUGCUCUUCAAUCAUAUCUAUUCAUCCUUCUGUUUGCUGGUAUUUUACCUUUUUCAUCAGUUGAUCUCAAAUUUUUGAAACAAAACGCUUGAAUUCAAGAAUUCAAUUUCGGGUGUAAUUUUUAUUUGGUUUUAUUGAUUUGAUUUGUUUUAUAAACACAACAAUUUGAUUCUAAAAUAAAAUUUUUGAAGCCGC